UCAAAGUCUGUGUUCGUUAUUUCUCAAAAUGAUCGUAUUCUUGGACUAGAAGCUCCCGAAGUGACCUGAUUCGUCGUGGAUGAUCAACUUAUUCAUUGGGGAAGUGUUGAUUUAGUGUUUGAGCAAAACUAAAGUUGUUUUAACAAGCUUUAUCGAGGCAGACAAGCCCAAGUACAAAGACAUACGGCUUCGGACCAGUCGUGGUAUAAAUAUACACUACAUAAACAAGACCAGAUUGCCGAAGGUAUUAAAUCAAGGUUUUAAAUCUACAUUUCAGUCCAUCUGUCCGUUAUCUUUCCUGGGAAUUUUGACCAUGUAGUGCAAUCAUCGCUUUGAAGAUUUGAGAAGUAAUUAACCGUGUCUAAUGCCAUGGCUUCUGACGAACUGCAAGAAAAAGCAAAUUUUACAAGACUCAGUAGACUUUUGGUUGACAAAGGAACUGAGGCUUUGAGAAGUACAUUUGAUACCAUCCAUCCACCUGUUAGUCUGCCCGGAGUACUGGCUGCAAACAAAACAUCUCUUCAAAAGACUCGAGUUAUUAACAAUUCCCAGUGGGAUUUACUGUUUCCUCCGUCUGGCAACCCACCAGAUUCCAAAACCUUUGAUGUCACAUUACUUACAGUUCUAUUCCGGAACAUUUGUGGUUUUCCAUCAACAGGAUGGAGUGUAAUGCCUCCGGAUACUGAUAGGUCAAUGCAAGCGAAUAUCACAAGAAUCAAGUGUUACAGAAAUGAAGUUUUCGCACAUGUAACAACCACUCGAGUUGACAAUUCAACAUUUGAGUCUUUAUGGAACAAAAUUGCCCAGGCGAUAGUAGAAUUGGGCGUUUCACAGAGUGAUGUCGACGAAAUAAAAACUUCAUCAUUGGGGCCUGAGGAUGAAAAUUAUGUCGAAAUCCUGAAACAGUUGAGAAGUAUUGAAUGCAUUUUAGAUCAUCUGACCCGAGCUUUGGAGGAAAAUCGCCGAGAAAGUGAUGAAGAUAUCUUGCGAAAACUUGCAAAGCAUAAUUUCAAAAAAAUUAAAAGAAAAGUGAAAUUUUUCCUACCUGGAACGAGAGAGUGGUUGUUAAAAGAAGUUGACGAGUGGUUUUGUAACAGUGAGAGUGACUCAAGAAUAAAGUUAUUAACAGCUGGACCAGGGUUUGGUAAAAGCGUGUUUGCCGCUAAAAUCUGUGAAGAUUUUGAGAAGAAUGGAAAGCUGGCUGCUUGUCACUUUUGUGAUUUCAGCAAUUCAAACCUAAGAGAUCCGAUGACGAUGCUGCAGUCUCUCGCAAGUCAGAUGUGCGAGAGCGUCCCUGGUUUUAAAGACAAGCUUCUUGAUCAGUUAAAGCGACCUCAUCAAGUUCAAAACCUGAAAGAUGCCUUUCAAAUAUAUUUGCAAAAUCCCUUAGAUGAAUUGGAAAUAAAAGAGCCACGUUUAGUCGUGAUCGAUGGCUUGGAUGAAAGUGCUGCUGAUAAUAAGAAUGAAAUUGCGCAUUUGAUUGCUGAAUAUUUUCCUGAUCUUCCCGAGUACAUAAAAAUCUUGGUGACGAGCAGGCCAGAGAUUUCCGUUGCUGAUCUAAGAAUAAGAGGCGAUCAAAAGACAGACAUUUCCAAUGUUCAUUACAACAAUAACUCAGAUCUGGAACUUUAUUUUGAAGAAUGUUUUCCAAGUUUAGUCGGCAGGGAAGUGGAUGGAAGUGAGAUGAGCGAUGAUUUCUACGAAGAUCAUCCAUAUCUUUGGCGAAAUAAAACUAUUAGUUUACUUUCCAUUUUUGUUGCCAAAUGCCAGGGCUCAUUUCUCUAUGCAUAUCACUUUCAAUCUGGGCUAAGGGCUCGCUAUGAUCUUGAGAAGAUAACAAAUAAUGACGUCAUAGAGUUUCUCCCACAAGGACUUAAUUCUGUUUACCAAGGAUAUUUCAAACGCCUUGAAGACGAGCUUAACGCCAUAAAACAUGAAAAGUUUAAUGUGUUGAAAAUUUUGGCAAUGCUGACUGCUUCCAAAGGAUCUCUCCCCCUCACUUUCGUCGCUCAGGUUUUUGGUUUAGCUCCAGAUUGUCGCGAAACGAAAGACAUCAUCAACAAAAUUAAUGAAACCAUAUCGUGCUUGUUGUACGUUUCAGAUGACAUGUUAACCGUUUUUCACAAAUCCGUUUUUGAUUGGCUUCUAGCGAAGGGCUACAAAGAUCACCAGUAUACUGUCGAGAUCGAUUAUGGACAUAGAUCGCUUUGGCUUUUAUGCGAAACGGUUUUUGAGAAAAUCGUGAAACAGGUUCACUCUGGCCUUGAGUUGCGCUUUACUACAGAAGUAGAAUACGCUCUGUUACACGGUUUUGAGCAUCUGGUAGAAUGCCGUAUGGAGGAGGGUAUAUUUUGGCUAACAGAUGUUGUAAUCAUACAUCAUCUCAUAACUCUGCACUACGAGUAUUCAAUUCAAAGAAUAUUGGUGUCCAUCUGGAAAGGAGUUCUAGAGAAUUUUGAGGUUAUAAAGGAUGAGUUUCGAGCACGAAUUUUAUGGUAUUUCAUUGAAUUUAACUCUAUAAUGGAUUGCUACUUAAGCGAUACAUUGAACCUUUCACGAUUCCAUUUAGAAUCUGUUCUUGCACAUUCCCCAAAAGGUUAUUUCAAUGACGGUGAAAAGAAAGUUGCAGAGUCACUACUGUCAAGCGUCCCCGCGCAGUUUAUUAAGUUAAGUUCUUAUGAAAUAUCAGUUUUGCCGCGCGCAAUUUGGUGUACCCAUACUGACCUCAAGAUUACUGCUAUUGCUUUGUCAUGCGAUAAAACAAUAAUAACUGUUGGGCAAGAUAAUGGAAUAAUAAGUGUGCUAUCCUCGAUAACUUUAAAAGAGAUUUGGAAUUAUUCAACGAAAUGCGAAAGAAGUUCAUGCUGUACGUUUGCCCCGGACGACUCGUUCAUAUUAUUUGGUAAACUGGACACGGCACUUAACAUUUCUGAAAGAAAGGAAGUUCCAUUUUUCCCUGGAAAUGAAGAGACGUUCCUGUCCUGUGCUUUUUCUUCUAGUGGCAAGCGGCUGGUAACUAGCAACGGCUCAAACACCAUUAAACUAUGGGACAUUGCUAAGCAAAGAUUACUCGCGGAACUUGAUGCAGCAUUCCCUGUUUACUGGUGUGCUUUCACCAUGACAGGGUUAUAUGUUUUAGGGCAAAAGUGCAAAAAACACGACCCUUUCAGCAAGCCGGAUUUUAAAUACGACGUAGCCAAUUCAUUUUGUAUACCAGACGAUGAAGAUUCGUUUUGUGCUUGGAACGCCAUUACGUUGCAAAGGAGUGAUCAGCGCGUAUUUCAAAAUGCAAAAUAUGAACGUUCUUCUCCAUCAAGAUUUACAGAUUUGAAUUCAUUGAAUAGAUUAGAUCUCAAACCAUGCCUCCCACGAAAUGUUUCACCUAAAAAGCCGGUAGGAGUCGUCGAUUAUGCGGAGUGCCAUUUCAUGAGAAAAUUAACAAUGAUAGAAGCUAUUCAGGAUAAUCUGUGGCUCUAUGCAGAUACUGAAAAACUUAUUGCCUUGGAGACAACACCUCAUACACAAGAGCAAUCCUGUCUGUCACAGCCAACGGAGGUUUAUUCGAGUUCGUUUUCUCCUGACGGCUCUCGACUUGCAUCCUGCAACUCAGAUGGAUAUAUCAACGUAUGGAAUGUCUAUACCAGCCAAGUUGAACAACGUUUCAAGAGCAACGACAGCGAAUCGUCAUGUGCUUGCUGGUGGUCAAAAGAGUUCUUGUUUGUGUUUGAUUUCCUUGGCACGAUUCCCCGAUUAACGCUAUAUCCCGUGGAUAUCAAUUUAAAGAUUCUGUUCACACAGAGUCAGCAAGUGUCGCUAAGUCAUCUUGUGAACGAGUUAGAGCGGCGAUUGACAGUCGUUGAUUUUUCUCAAGGCUUUCUUACCUUCGAGUGCGGAAAGACAGAACCUGUAAAGAUUGUGGAUGUCACAGGAGUAGACGGUCCGGCAAUAAUCAUGUUACCUUUCCUUGAGCCUAUGAUGAAAGUUACAAUUUCUCAGGGUGGUACCUUUGUCUUCGGUUGUAAUAAUUCAAGUUAUUAUAUCUGGAAAAGGAGUGCCGAAAACUCCGUUUUAUAUGACUUAAUUUUCGAGAACACGUAUGAACCAUAUUAUACUGGAUAUUGUAGAGAGGAAUUCUCGUGUUGCUUCAGCAAUGAUUCAAAAGCCGUUGUCGUAUGCGGGCUAUACCAUGAGGGUUUUAAAGUAAUUGAUCUGGAUACCCUCGAAUCCAAAAAAAUGUUUUUUGAUUGUAUUUGUCCCGCUCCAAAGUUGUAUUGUGUUAAUAAGGACAAAGUUGUUAUUGCAUUGCACCGUUUCUUCAUACUAUUUUUCGACAUGGAUUCUGGAACAAUUAUCGACAGUUCCUUUCAGCGAUACUUAACAGCUAGUGCAGCACCGCAAACAAAAUUUUCUCCAAAGGAAAACAUGCUGUCUUUUCCUAACCAGAAAGGCGAUAUGAUGUUUCUUCGACUGUGUAUUCCACCAAAUUCUUUGUUGGACGAUAUUAAACGUGAAGCAGUAUUCGCAAAACUUUGUAAAUCCGGAGAUAUAGAUUGUUUAAUAGAAGAUCUAGAUAUAGAGAAGAGAAAAUGCCACGAUUGA